CGAAUGCACGGAUUGAGCGGUGAGAGGAAGGGUCCCGACCCGGACAGAUCUUUACCUGUUAAUUUAUGGUCAACUCUUUUUACAGGGUAGAAGAAGCAGAGGAUUGAUGUUCAGGAAUCUCUAACUCGUUUAUUUCACCGGCGCCUGAACGUGUGGGAGGAUUCACUGCGUCAGCUGAUCCGCCCGGACGCCAGACAGGUCACAGCAUGGAGACAUUACUGGCCAGCUCUGAGUGUGGGCAGGGAUUAAACCAAUCUACCCACCUGUUGACCCGACAGCAAGUUCACACUGUGGAGAAACCGUUUACCUGUCCCGAUUGUGGGAAGGGGUUCAAUCAAUCGUAUCUACUGAAGAGACACCAGCGAAUUCACACGGGGGAGAGGCCGUUCACCUGCUCUGAAUGUGGGAAGGUAUUUACUAAUUCAUCUGACUUACUGAGACACCAGAAAAUUCACACGGGGGAGAAGCCGUUUGUGUGCUCUGAGUGCGGGAAGGGAUUUGCUCGUGCAUCUGGGUUAAUGAGACACCAGGCAAUUCACACGGGAGAGAAGCCGUUUGUCUGCUCUGAGUGUGGGAAGAGGUUCGUUGAAUCAUUUCACUUACAGAGACACGAGCAAAUUCACACUGGAGAGAGGCCGUUCACCUGCUCUGAAUGUGGGAAGGGAUAUGCUCUUUCAUCUCUGUUACUGAGACACCAGAAAGUUCACACAGGGGAGAAGCCGUUUGUCUGCGCUGAGUGUGGGAAGAGAUUCCUUGAAUCAUUUCACUUACAGAGACACGAGCAAAUUCACACUGGAGAGAGGCCGUUCACCUGCUCUGAAUGUGGGAAGGGAUUUAGUUGUUCAACUGACUUACUGAGACACCAGAGAAUUCACACGGGGGAGAAGCCGUUCACCUGCUCUGAGUGCGGGAAGGUAUUCAGCCAAUUCUCCCAACUGGUGUCCCACCGGCGAGUUCACACUGCGGAGAAACCAUUUGUCUAUACUGAUUGUGGAAUGGGAUUUGAUCGAGCAAGGAGUCUGAAGAUCCACCAGCGAGUUCACACGAGAGAGAGUCCGUUCACCUGCUCUGAAUGUGGGAAGAGAUUUAUUCACUCUUCUAACCUGAAGACCCACCAGCUAGUUCACACCGGGGAGAGUCCGUUCACCUGCUCCAAGUGUGGGAAAGGAUUCACUCGUUCAUUUGACUUACUGAGACACCAGAAAAUUCACACGAGGGAGAAGCCAUUUGUGUGCUCUGAGUGUGGGAAGGGAUUCAUUGAAUCAAUUGAGUUACAGAGACACGAGCAAAUUCAUAUUGGAGAGAGGCUGUUCACCUGCUCCGAGUGUGGGAUGGAAUUCACUCAGUCGGAUACGUUACUGAGACACCGCAGAACUCACUCUGGAGAGCGGCCGUUCACUCAAUCUUCUAACCUGAAGGCCGACCAGCCAAUUCACGCUGUGGAGAAGCCAUUUGCCUCUCCCAACCAUGGGUAGGAUUUCAUCGAGCAAGGAGUCUGAAGAUCCACCAGCGAGUUCACAAGGGGGAGAGGCCGUUCACCUGCUCCGAAUGUGGGAAGGGAUUUAUUCGUUCAUCUCUGUUACCUAGGGGAUCACUCAGUAACUCUAACCGGGUGAUGCCCCACGAGAAUUCAUGGUGGGGAGAGAUCAUUCACCUGUCUAGUGUGUGGGCUGGGAAUUACUCGAAUAUCUGAACAAUUGACACACCAACUCGUUCACACUGGGGGAGAAAUGUUAAAUAAGUUCCUAGUCUGCUUAGAGUUUAGAGAUACAGUUCGGAAA